AUGGAGCUGACAUAUAUCUUUGAUAAAAGCCUCUUAAUAAAAUUAGAUUUAAAAAAACUCACUAUCAUGCUAAACAUACAGGAUUACGUGCCGGACCGGCUGUCGGAGCUGGCGGAGGCGCUGGCCAACCCCAUCAAGUACCAGAGCGAGCUCGACAAGCGCGAGCAACAACUGGCGCGCCUCACGGAAGACACCGACGUGCCCAGUGAAGUCGCUCCGCCAAGACCGAAACGCGCCGCGCCUUCGGAUUCCGCUGUACAACCUAUCAGAUUAGACGACGCGCCGGACGGCAGCCCCGCGAAAGAAGCAGUGGUGGAAACUAGAAAGUUGAUCGAGAGCGAGAGCAUACCCUCACCGCUACCUACCAACGAUAAGAAUUGUUUAGAUGCGGACGGAAAAACAAAUGGUACGUCGGAUGAAUCGUUAGCUGAAACGUUGGAAGCGCUACUGUCGAUGAAGGUGGUUCGUGAGAAACAGGCAGAGUUGGCGAGGAAGCUCGAUGCCUUGCGACGCAAGUUCGACAAGGAGAAGAAACCACCCACCUCUAAGUUCUACGUCAGCAAUAAACUCGUUAAAAGACUGUCCUCUAAAAAUAUAAGCAGCGAGAGUUGCGCGGGGGGCGCGGGCGGAGCAGGGGGUGCGGGGUCGGAGGAGGCGGAGUUCCUGGCGCUGGAACGUGCGCUGCGGCUGAAGUGCCACCACGCGGUGUACGCCGCGCUCGAGAAGCACGUGCGCAGCGACCAGCACCAACAGAUGAAGGCGCUCUCUGUACGUACAUACAUUAUCUAUAUAUAUAAGUGCCACCACGCGGUGUACGCCGCGCUCGAGAAGCACGUGCGCAGCGACCAGCACCAACAGAUGAAGGCGCUCUCUGUACGUACAUACAUUAUCUAUAUAUAUAAGUGCCACCACGCGGUGUACGCCGCGCUCGAGAAGCACGUGCGCAGCGACCAGCACCAACAGAUGAAGGCGCUCUCUGUACGUACAUACAUUAUCUAUAUAUAUAAGUGCCACCACGCGGUGUACGCCGCGCUCGAGAAGCACGUGCGCAGCGACCAGCACCAACAGAUGAAGGCGCUCUCUGUACGUACAUACAUUAUCUAUAUAUAUAAGUGCCACCACGCGGUGUACGCCGCGCUCGAGAAGCACGUGCGCAGCGACCAGCACCAACAGAUGAAGGCGCUCUCUGUACGUACAUACAUUAUCUAUAUAUAUAAGUGCCACCACGCGGUGUACGCCGCGCUCGAGAAGCACGUGCGCAGCGACCAGCACCAACAGAUGAAGGCGCUCUCUGUACGUACAUACAUUAUCUAUAUAUAUAAGUGCCACCACGCGGUGUACGCCGCGCUCGAGAAGCACGUGCGCAGCGACCAGCACCAACAGAUGAAGGCGCUCUCUGUACGUACAUACAUUAUCUAUAUAUAUAAGUGCCACCACGCGGUGUACGCCGCGCUCGAGAAGCACGUGCGCAGCGACCAGCACCAACAGAUGAAGGCGCUCUCUGUACGUACAUACAUUAUCUAUAUAUAUAAGUGCCACCACGCGGUGUACGCCGCGCUCGAGAAGCACGUGCGCAGCGACCAGCACCAACAGAUGAAGGCGCUCUCUGUACGUACAUACAUUAUCUAUAUAUAUAAGUGCCACCACGCGGUGUACGCCGCGCUCGAGAAGCACGUGCGCAGCGACCAGCACCAACAGAUGAAGGCGCUCUCUGUACGUACAUACAUUAUCUAUAUAUAUAAGUGCCACCACGCGGUGUACGCCGCGCUCGAGAAGCACGUGCGCAGCGACCAGCACCAACAGAUGAAGGCGCUCUCUGUACGUACAUACAUUAUCUAUAUAUAUAAGUGCCACCACGCGGUGUACGCCGCGCUCGAGAAGCACGUGCGCAGCGACCAGCACCAACAGAUGAAGGCGCUCUCUGUACGUACAUACAUUAUCUAUAUAUAUAAGUGCCACCACGCGGUGUACGCCGCGCUCGAGAAGCACGUGCGCAGCGACCAGCACCAACAGAUGAAGGCGCUCUCUGUACGUACAUACAUUAUCUAUAUAUAUAAGUGCCACCACGCGGUGUACGCCGCGCUCGAGAAGCACGUGCGCAGCGACCAGCACCAACAGAUGAAGGCGCUCUCUGUACGUACAUACAUUAUCUAUAUAUAUAAGUGCCACCACGCGGUGUACGCCGCGCUCGAGAAGCACGUGCGCAGCGACCAGCACCAACAGAUGAAGGCGCUCUCUGUACGUACAUACAUUAUCUAUAUAUAUAAGUGCCACCACGCGGUGUACGCCGCGCUCGAGAAGCACGUGCGCAGCGACCAGCACCAACAGAUGAAGGCGCUCUCUGUACGUACAUACAUUAUCUAUAUAUAUAAGUGCCACCACGCGGUGUACGCCGCGCUCGAGAAGCACGUGCGCAGCGACCAGCACCAACAGAUGAAGGCGCUCUCUGUACGUACAUACAUUAUCUAUAUAUAUAAGUGCCACCACGCGGUGUACGCCGCGCUCGAGAAGCACGUGCGCAGCGACCAGCACCAACAGAUGAAGGCGCUCUCUGUACGUACAUACAUUAUCUAUAUAUAUAAGUGCCACCACGCGGUGUACGCCGCGCUCGAGAAGCACGUGCGCAGCGACCAGCACCAACAGAUGAAGGCGCUCUCUGUACGUACAUACAUUAUCUAUAUAUAUAAGUGCCACCACGCGGUGUACGCCGCGCUCGAGAAGCACGUGCGCAGCGACCAGCACCAACAGAUGAAGGCGCUCUCUGUACGUACAUACAUUAUCUAUAUAUAUAAGUGCCACCACGCGGUGUACGCCGCGCUCGAGAAGCACGUGCGCAGCGACCAGCACCAACAGAUGAAGGCGCUCUCUGUACGUACAUACAUUAUCUAUAUAUAUAAGUGCCACCACGCGGUGUACGCCGCGCUCGAGAAGCACGUGCGCAGCGACCAGCACCAACAGAUGAAGGCGCUCUCUGUACGUACAUACAUUAUCUAUAUAUAUAAGUGCCACCACGCGGUGUACGCCGCGCUCGAGAAGCACGUGCGCAGCGACCAGCACCAACAGAUGAAGGCGCUCUCUGUACGUACAUACAUUAUCUAUAUAUAUAAGUGCCACCACGCGGUGUACGCCGCGCUCGAGAAGCACGUGCGCAGCGACCAGCACCAACAGAUGAAGGCGCUCUCUGUACGUACAUACAUUAUCUAUAUAUAUAAGUGCCACCACGCGGUGUACGCCGCGCUCGAGAAGCACGUGCGCAGCGACCAGCACCAACAGAUGAAGGCGCUCUCUGUACGUACAUACAUUAUCUAUAUAUAUAAGUGCCACCACGCGGUGUACGCCGCGCUCGAGAAGCACGUGCGCAGCGACCAGCACCAACAGAUGAAGGCGCUCUCUGUACGUACAUACAUUAUCUAUAUAUAUAAGUGCCACCACGCGGUGUACGCCGCGCUCGAGAAGCACGUGCGCAGCGACCAGCACCAACAGAUGAAGGCGCUCUCUGUACGUACAUACAUUAUCUAUAUAUAUAAGUGCCACCACGCGGUGUACGCCGCGCUCGAGAAGCACGUGCGCAGCGACCAGCACCAACAGAUGAAGGCGCUCUCUGUACGUACAUACAUUAUCUAUAUAUAUAAGUGCCACCACGCGGUGUACGCCGCGCUCGAGAAGCACGUGCGCAGCGACCAGCACCAACAGAUGAAGGCGCUCUCUGUACGUACAUACAUUAUCUAUAUAUAUAAGUGCCACCACGCGGUGUACGCCGCGCUCGAGAAGCACGUGCGCAGCGACCAGCACCAACAGAUGAAGGCGCUCUCUGUACGUACAUACAUUAUCUAUAUAUAUAAGUGCCACCACGCGGUGUACGCCGCGCUCGAGAAGCACGUGCGCAGCGACCAGCACCAACAGAUGAAGGCGCUCUCUGUACGUACAUACAUUAUCUAUAUAUAUAAGUGCCACCACGCGGUGUACGCCGCGCUCGAGAAGCACGUGCGCAGCGACCAGCACCAACAGAUGAAGGCGCUCUCUGAUUCGUUAGAAGCAGACAAGAAGGAAAUCCUGAACAGGCUGGCGAACUCCCGUAAGGAGGAUGUAAAGGCGUUAGCAAAGAAAACCAACAGAGAUAAGGACGAAAUAAAUAGAAUAAAGCGAGAGAUACACUCACAGUCGGUGGAGCGCGGCGUGGCGGAGUGUUGCCGCCUGGAGCAGAAGUACGCGGCGCGCCGCGAGCUGCUGGCGCGGGCCCACGACCGUCUGCUGCAGGCGCUGCUCAAGCAUCGCGACCAGGUACUCCUCGCUACACUACUACCAUCUACGUCCCCACUAUACAGGAAGAUCUUAUCGAAGGGUACGGGGAAUUGUUGGAGUUGGAGCGCAUGUGCGGGGGCGCGCCGGAGGGCUAGAGGUAGUGACUCCGCCCGGCUCCGCCUGGCCCCGCCCUCUGCCUCGGCCGUCUCUCUCGUGGCCGAGUAA